AUGCCGCGGAGCAUCAACCCUGACGAGUACUCGAUCGUGUGGCUCUGUCCGCUACCGAUUAAAGCAACGGCGGCCUUGUUCAUGUUCGAUGAAACUCAUGAGGGGCUGCUCGAUCGCCAGCAGGGCCGGACUGUGGAAUAUCAUUUCGGAAGGAUAGGCAGGCACAAUGUUGCUGUGGCCGGCUUUCCCAGUGGCGAGGUUGGCAUUGGGAAGGCCGGUGCAAUGGCUGAGGCUGUCAUCCGGGACUUCAAAAACUUGGAACUGGGACUGCUGGUCGGAAUUGCGGCUGCUAUACCGUCCGCCACGAGGGACAUACGCCUAGGAGAUGUUGCAGUUGCUACUCCAGAGGGUCCCUACCCUGGCGUCGUGGCCUACGAUAUGGUGAAGAUUGUCCCUGACGAAGCACUCCAGAAGCAGUGGAUGAACGCCACGCAUCCCUUGUGGAGAAGUGUCAUAUCCAAGGUCAGGGCAGCCGCAACAGUGCAUGGAAGUACUUUUCAAAGACGUCUCAAGGUGUUUGAGAAAGCGGCAACCAAAACCUUCCAACGACCCUACGAUCCGCCAGCUUUGCAUCCUGCCUUGGAGAGUCUUCGUCGCGAAACGGUGGACCCGGUUGUGCACUACGGCACCAUCUUGUCUGGAGACAAAGUGGUUCGAGAAGUCGGUUUUCGCAAUCAGCUGAGAGACAAGUAUGGAGACCCAGUCGCUCUGGAGAUGGAAGCUGCAGGUGUGAUGACCUCCCUGCCAGUGGCUGUAGUUCGGGGCAUUAGCGAUUCUGCUGAUGCUUCGAAAAAUGACCAGUGGCACGCCUGGGCGGCCGCCGUGGCGGCUGCAUACGCCAAAGAGAUGUUGCUACAACUGUCACCCAAAUUACAAAUAAGUACGGUACAUGACAUGGAAAAGAAAGAGCCUCUCAAGGGCCAACUGCCCAAGUCAUGGGACUUCAAAGGGCGCAAAGAUGACCUUAAAAUCAUCGCCACUCUCAUGGAUCGAGAGCGGCAAAGGCGUUUCGAAAAGACGGUGCUCAUCCUGGCGGGCCUGAGCGACGCUGGAAAGUCUCAACUCGCCGCCGCAUACGUCAGGGAGCAGCUGUCUCAGGACUCUGGACGCGGCAUAUAUUGGAUCAACGGUCGAGACAGGCGAGCCUUCGAGGCAAGCGUCGUUCAGUUCGAGGCAGACAGAGCAAACUCGCAGCUCUCGACGGAAACAAUGGUCAUCGAGGACACCGACAAAAGGUCUGCCUCAGUUGUCCAGUCAUGGAUUCAGAAUCUGAAUCAAACAGAGAACACAGGCUGGCUCAUGGUGGUUGACGACGCUACGCUUUGGAAUCCAGAGGGCGGAUCGGCCGAUGAUCCCUCCAAUCUGGGCUGCUACCUUGACAAAAUCAACCAUGGAUCACUGUUAGUCACGACGAAUCGUCAAAACUGGCUGACGAGUCACGAAAAUGUCCUCCAUUUGGGCGGCUUAGAUGAGGCAUCUGCGACGAGUCUGCUGAAAUCAAAACUCCAUACUCACUACUCUCGUGAUGCAGACUUACACGAUCUUUCGCGGAUGCUUCUUGGAUUGCCCCUUUCUUUAAGGCUUGCCAUCACCUAUAUCCGCGGCAUCAAAGUGUCCGACUAUGUCUCUAUGUGGAGGAGCGUGAGUUGGCUUGGUGCCGCAAAGCUGUUGAUUCUGUUUGGAUUUUUGGAUCAUCGGAAUCUCUCCUUCGACUUGUGCCACAACGUCAAGUCAGCCAAUCUACCUGCAUGGCUACUCUCGCUGGGAGCAGACAGGGAGCAAUUUGGACGAGUAAUUGAAGCCUUGCUCGACUUAUCGUUUGCUCAACUAAACUAUGGCGAUAACGAGGAAGCUUCCUACAUGAUUCAUCCUGCCAUCCAUGCAUUCUCCCGAACCCGAGCAGGCGAUCUCAAGGAGACUUUCAUCUCCUGGGCAAUUGCGAUCGUGGCUGACAAUGUGCCUCGAUCCCUCGACAAGCAAUAUUGGAAGAAAGGCCAGGCCCUAGCACUUCAUGCCGGUCAAUGCAUGGUCUACGUACGUGCGACAGGUUUUCCGCCCCAACAUGUGGAACGGUUUGCGGCCUUGUACCGAUUAUUGGGCCGUUAUGAAGAGGCGUGUCAGCUCUACAGCACCGUGCUUGAUGCUCUGAGGCCUCAUCAACAAGCCUAUCCUGAGACCAUGGCAGAAGUGUUGAACGACCUCGGCCUCGCCUAUUAUGGUCAGCGCAAGUUUAAUCUCGCCGUGGGAACCUUUUCUGAAAGCAUACAAUUUUACCCGCAAGGCUUGUGGGCGCUGGAAACCAGCUAUGCGGAUACGCUGGCGUGUAUCAUGUUCAAUUACGGCAAUGCAUGUCGCAUGACUCUGAACGUGGAUGCUGCGGCGCGAGCCUUCCACCAGGUCUCCGAUUACUUCGUUGAGCGACGAGCGAAGGCUGGAGGUACACUACCCCGCUGGGGCGAGAUCAUGUUUUCCCGGGUUCUGAAUGCGCAGGGAGAGAUUGACAUUGAGCGUGGGGACACGAGACAAGGCAUGGCGUUGCUACAAAGGGCUAUGUCGAUUCAGAGAAGGCAUCUGGACGCCGAGCACCCGAUAUCUUUGUCCACCAAGUUGAAUCUGGGAAGAGUAUACACCGAUAUCGAGAACUACAAUGACGCCUGCGAGAUCCUGGCCGAGGUGACGGCGAUAUACAGAGAACAAUGGGGGGGCUCUCAUCAUGCCACUGUGACGGCGGCAGAUGAGCUGGCGAGGGCUUGCAUGGGUUACGGUCAGACGCUCGGAGAGCAAUCAUCUGGCAGUAGCGAGCAGGCGACCAGAACGUUCGAGAAAGCCGAGAGCCUCUGGAAUGACACCCUCGGCUUCUACGCCGAGAGGUACGGGGUCGACUCGGAGGACGCCCUACGCACCAAGUCCAACAUCGCCCUCCUCCAGUCUGUGACGGGAAAAUUGGUCAUGGCGAGGCGGAACAUGCUGCAGGUCUUUCAGCGCUCCAAGUUGCCCGCCCAAAGAGUCCGAGCUCAGCGCGAGCUGGCGUCGAUCUGCCAGAAGAUGGGCGAUCUCGACGUGGCCCGGACGAAUUUCGCCCAAGCCGUCGAGGCCAGCAAGCUCCUCGAAGACGAACGAAGCCGGACCCAGGAGGUCUCACUAUGUCUGGAGCAUCAGAAGCAAUUCUACUUGAAACACGGAGACGACGUUGCCCGAAGAAGCAGCCCCUCGUUGACAGACACUGUGGAUCCGACAAACAUGAUAGAGCAAAGCUCGGCCGCCGUACAUCGAGAGUCAGAAUGCAUGGAACGAGCCUCAUCCGAAGUGACCGCGCUCGACGUGUUCGAGAGUAGAGACGGUGGGUCUGGUUCCACAACAUCCCCAGCUUCAUCAUCACCAUCACUUCAGCUCGCACAGGGCGACUUGAAGAGGAAAUGGGAAGCAGCAUUCUCUCAAAGUUCUAAACGUGAGUGA